UUUCCUGAGACGGAAGUGGGUGGAGAGUAACGUCAUCCACACACUUCAGCAUCUACUUGUCCGGUUUUGGUCAGUCUCCAGAAGAAAACGCUCGUUUACGAUGAAUUUCCCGGGAUAUGGUGCACCGGCUGCGGGAGGGUAUCCAGGUGGAUUCCCUGGACAGCAGCAGGACCCUCUGUAUGGAUACUUCACUGCAGUCGCUGGUCAAGAUGGCCAGAUAUCUGCAGAGGAACUUCAGACUUGUUUGACUCAGGCCAACUUCUCUGGUGGCUACAGACCUUUCAACAUUGAGACAUGUAGACUGAUGAUCAGCAUGCUGGAUAGAGACAUGUCUUGCUCGAUGGGCUUCAAUGAGUUUAAGGAGCUGUGGGCUGUGCUCAGUGGCUGGAAGCAGCACUUCAUGAGCAUUGACAGGGACAUGAGUGGCACAGUCGACCCACAGGAAAUGAGCCAAGCUGUUUCCUCUAUGGGGUACAGGCUGAGUCCUCAGGCCAUGAACUGCAUAAUUAAGCGUUACAGCUCUAAUGGGAAGAUCUCAUUUGAUGAUUAUGUCGCUUGCUGUGUCAAACUGAGGAGCUUGACUGAUGUGUUCAGAAAAAGGGACCAGGCACAACAGGGAGUGGCAACAUUUCAAUAUGAUGAUUUCAUCCAGUGCACUAUGAGCAUCUGAGGAUCAUGCAAAGAUCUUCAAAAAAAAAAAAAAAAAGCAUACUUCAGUUUUAAUUUUUUAUAACUUGCAUUUUUAAACAAUUUACUUAUAUUUGGUCAUAUUUUGACAAUAUUGUAGUACUUAUACACUAUAAAACAUACAUUCAUGCAUCAUUGUUCAUAUACCAAGUGAUGCAUAUAUACCAAUGACAUUUACAGUCUAUUUACUCAAAUGUAACCUAGAUCAAGGUAUUGUAUCAAAGAAGCUAUACAGAAAUUCAUGAUAUUAAUGUAUCCUAAUGUCUUGCAGUCGCAUUUAGCAGAUUAGAUCAUGUAUGUAUUCGAGUAUAGCACCAUAACCAUCAUCCCAGCUCUAGAAUCAUGUCAGUGCAUUUGUAUUCCCUCAUUGCAUGUUUUAAAUGUGCACGGCCAGUAAUGAAUACUAUUAUGUAUCACCAAAGAAUUCAUGACGCUUGUGUCUGCUCUGCUUUUUGUCUCUGCGCAUUGGCUGUUUAAAAUGUCUGUGAGAUCUUUUUGAGUAUGUUUUCAUUACACUCAUUUAAUUAUUUUUAAAUAACACACCUAUUAAGACAUUUCCUGUUUGAAUUAAUAAAUGACAACAGAACACU